AUGGAUGGUAGCAAGCCGGAGCAGAGGCAACAAAGCGAGGCGACAUGGGCCAAACCAACAGACGGAUCAAGCCGCCCAAAGUCGGGACACCCAUGGCGCAAGACGGUAAUACCAACAAGCGAAGAAAGGCCAAGGAGCGAAGGCGCCCAAAACAAACCGAAGCCAACCAAACCAAAAGCCAUAGCCCACACAGAACAACCCAUAUCCAACCAAACCGGUAAGCCACCAGCAGAGGCAAGCUCAACCAACUCCAUUCAUCACCAAAGCAGAGGCCCGGGAACAAACACAAAGGGUCAUCCGAAGAAGUCAGCUCGGCGCAAGAUAGAAAAAAGAGGCUUGGACACAAUAGAGGAACCGGACCGGCGAAGCCUAAUCCGAUGUGGACCGACAGUCAAGGGAAGAAGAGAAGGCGUACUAAUCGAGCUAGCUAAGGUAGAGACAUACCGAGAGCUCUUUCUUGAUUCUAUGGGUGGUGGUGCAUGGCCGUUCUUAGUUGGUAGAGCGAUUUAUCUCGGUUAA